AUGCCACAAGCCCGUCGGGACACGUGCCCUCUCGGCGUCGCAGCCCCAGGCAUUGCAAGUACGGGUCGAUUAGUGGAACUCAAGCUCAUCAUAUCAGGGUUGCAGUUUGGUAAUUCGCUUCAGCCAGUAGCGCAGCUGGCAGAAGGAGAGCGGGGAUCGCGCCCCAGCCCGGGCGGCGCCGUCAACCGCGGCGCCAAUGCUGCUGCUGCCUCAACCGGCGGCGGCGAUGGCACCGGCUUCCCGGCCCUCCCGGACCCCGGCGAAGUCAUGCUGCCGCCGGCCCCUCCCGACGAUCUGCCUGUCUUGAAGCUCCUACAACAGGGGGAUCUCUUCGGGCCGGGCCGGGGCGCCGCCGCCAGCACCGCCGGGGGCAGCAGUGUGGGGUUUCGCAAUGGCGAGGAGGUGCCGCUGCUGAUACCCUUGGUGAACGGAGCAGUCACCAACAUAAACUUCGAUGAGUCGUACGGGCAGCCGCAGGAGGCUCUCAUAGAGCGGUACCUGACGCUCAUGGGCUUGGCGCCGCAGCUGGCAGCGGCAGCGGAGGCGGCUGCGGCGCCGCAGCCCCCCGGUACUGCGGCCGCGGCUGACGGCGGCGGCGGCGGAACCGGCGCCAAGGAGUCGGCGGCAGGCGCCGCCGCAACCACGGGGUACGGCUCCUGGGUCGGCGGCAAACGUGCCGCCGCCGCUGGCCCCAUCCGAUCGCAUGCUGCCGCCGGUCCCGUCAACGCCGCCGCCGCCGCCGCCGCGGCAGCCCCGCUCGCCUCAGCUGACCCCAGGCAGGGGGAACGGGAAGUCAACGAGGCAGCGGCGCACGACACAGAUGCAGACGCCGAUAGCGAAGCCGCCGACGAUGAUGAUUUACUAUUGUCCGUACAACGCCCCCGGCGGCGGCCGCCGCCGCCGCCAUCCCCUGGUACGACACCGGCGAUAACAGCGCUGGGCUUGGACCGUUUGACGUUACAUCGCCGGGGUAUACCGGAAGCCCUCAUUGGGGCCCUGCAUCGGGGUUUGGCGGCCACCGCCUCGGCAUUCUUCCGUACGUGCCUGGCGGAGCAGCGGCGGUUGGUGGCACUGACCCAUGGGUCGGGCCCCGAGGUGCCGCUGGCCGAUCGUCUGUUAUCAUUCAUCACGGGCACGGAGGCGCAGCUCAAGAACGGCUCCUCCACACCCGAGCUUGUGGACCUACGAGCAGUACGAGAUAACCAGGCCAUCUUAGACGCCGUGUCCCCCCCGCGACCCGGCGACCCCAUUCCCUUCUACCACGAGCUACUACACAAGCGACAACAACAACAAGAACAAGAGCAAGAUCAAAAGCAAGGACAGCCAAAGCAGUCAUCAUCUUCGGCGCCUCCAGGCCCCAGUGCUAUCUGGCCGACUGUCGGGGAGGUGCAGAUGGAGGGGGAGGGGGAGGGGGGGUUGGAGACAGCCCCCCUGGAGCAGCUGCUGGAUCUGGACAAGGUCGCCGCCCUGGCCACCGCGGGCAACGUCCCCGGCCUCCGCGCCCUCCUGCGCAGCUUGGUGGCCGCCGCCGACUACACGCGGACCUCCCUUCUCGCCAGGUUGCGGGCGGAGGUGGAGCGGGCGCAGAGGGAGGGGGAGCGGGCGGCGGAGGCCAAGAAGGCGGAGAACAAGCUCAGGGAGCAGCUGGCGGCAAGAAACGUUGCCCUGGCUGAGCGGGGUGUGGAGCUGGAGGCCGCAUGUCGCCGAGCCACCGCGGCGGAGGAGGCCUUGGUUACGGAGCGGGCCAUCGUGUCGGGACUGCGGGGGCAGCUGCGGCAGCUGACAGCCGACUACGAGGCGCAACAUCGGGAGCUCCGGGCGGGUCUGGAGGCGCACCUCACGCGGCCCGCCAGCGCCAAGCUCCUCCAGGGAUCUCACAACAACAGCCACUCCUCCUCCUCCUCCUCCUCCUCCUCCCACCACCGUCACCACGGCCACCACGGCCACCGCCACGGCCAUCAUGCUCCCGCCGCCGCCACCGCCGCCUCCAACGCCAAUGCCGACGAUGCUGCCGAGCUCCAUGCCCUGGGUUCGGAGCUCGCUACUGCCCGUGCUGAGCUGGCGCUGUCUGAGAUGACGUGUCAGCAGGAGCGCGCCAAAGGCCGGCAGUUGAAGGUUAUGCUGGAUACGGCACGCGGUACGGUAGACAUGCAUGCGAGCCGGGCGGCGGCGGCGGCGGCGGAGGUGGAGCGGUUGGGGCGGCUGGUGGCGGCGUCUGAGGACCUGGCCAAUGCCUCCUCGGGCGGUAUGGCCAUGUUGGAGCAGCAGCUGGCGCAGGAGAAGGCGGCGCACAGGAGAACACUGGAGCGGCUCCAGGCGACCUCUUGGAAGGUGGAGCAGGCCCGUACGGCUGUCGUAGAUGUACGAGCAAGAGCGGGGCACAACCUGAGGAAGCUGCAGACCGCGCUCGCUGAUGUGAACCUGCGGGCCGUGUCCGCUGAGCGACAGUUGGCGGAUGCGACUGUGGAACUCCGACACACCCGGAGCGAGUUGGAGGGGGCGAAUAACAGCUUGGAGACGUUUACGCUAGCCGCAUGUAUUGUACAGGCGCUCCGAGACCGUACGACAAGGUUGGAGGAGGACAUGGCGUUGCUGCGUACGGAUGCCGUCACCGCCAAGGUGGACGUCAAGGAGCUGUCGGAGAAGCUCCGGGAGACGGAGGACAGCCAUGCCCAGCUAGGGGAGCAGCACCGGGCCCUGCAGGACGACAUGGCCCUGGCGCGGGAGAAGAUCGAGGAGCUGGAGGUGAAGGAGGCCAGGCUGAAGGAGCUCACGGUCCAGCACGAGGAACUGAAGACCGCGAAGGCUCGAUUAGAUCAGCAGUACGCAGGAAUGGUCAAGGCUAAGUCCCUCCUAUCCUCCGAGCUGGCUGGUUUGAAGCGCCAUGCGGACGUGUUGGCGGAUCAGAUGGUCACGGCGCUGUUCGACACGGUGUCACUCGCCACGCAGAUCCUGGAGACCCAGUCCCGAGUCCGACAGGCGCUGGUGGAGAGAAUCGACCACCUUGAGGACGGCAUCAAGGACCGGCUGGGUACCGCCACCGACUACUGGCGCCAGGUGCUGAUACUGUCCCGCGGGACCCCCAGGUCCAUGGUGCAGCUCAAUACGCAGUACGAGCGGGUCGGCUGGCUCCGAGACCGCGCGGACGAGUCCAAGGCCAAGGGGGACGCGGCGAACAAACUGUUGGAGCACGAACGUCAGGUCACCGCCGCCCGCACCGCGGAGUACCAGUCCCUCAUCGACACUCUUAGCGGCGAGGUCCACAAGCUCAAGCGGCGAGUGAGCAGUUUGGAAGCCAACAACGCCAUGCAGCAACGAGCAACGGCGGACAUGCAGCGCCUGCUCAACGACGCGGAGUGGAAGGUUACGAAGGCCAAGGAGCGGGAGGCGAUGUUGGGGGUCCGGUUCAUCGUACCUCACGGCCGCGACAACAAGGCCGUACAGACCGUUUACAGCGAUUUGUACAUGAUGACUGGGCCCAUAGCACCCACCAUCACCAUCAUCUCUUCCGCAGCUGCAGCAGCAGCGGCAGCAGCGCCGCGCCAGCAGCUGCUGCUACAAACCCGUUCCUUGGGAAUGCAAGAGCCGGCGCCCUCAGCAGACACGGGCGAGCUGCUAGGCUGUACGGAGGACGGCGUUGAGUACGGCAGUAGCGGCGGCGGUGUUAUGGAAGUGCCCGGCUCGCCAGCGUCCCUGCCGCCGCUGUCAGCCCUGAACAGCCCUACCAUCAAUUCAGCUGCCGCCGGCGGUGGCGGCGGCUCCGCAGCCGCGAAUCACUGGGGGUCGACCUCGCUCCGAAACCGGCCCCAGUCCAACCUUUCCCGGGGCUCCAGUGCGCUGCCGCCGGCGGCCUCCCCCAUGCGCUGCACCUCCCCGGACCUGCCGAAUGCUGGGCCUGACGGAGCCGCUGACGGCGGCGGCGGCGGCGGCGGCGGCCCGCCGCUGCCCCGGCCGACCUGCGUAUCGCCCGAUAUGCCCCUUGGGAGAAGCCCCAGCACGUCGGCGAGCGGCAACGGCGGCGCUGCCGCCUUUACCGGACAGGGCCGGCCGCCGCCGUCGCAGCGGCGGCGUCACCCUGACGAGGUCCAGCGCCGGAGCGCCGGAAGCGCCCUGUCACCGGCGGCGUCACUGAACUCGCUGCACUCAGCGAACUCGGUGCUGUCGGAUUCCGCCGGUGCCGUACUGCACUCCUCCCGUCCCGCCUCGCCCGUUGUUAUGCCCGUCGCCAUCGCAACGCCCCAGACGCCCUCGGGCAUACCCCACGGUUGGCAACACUCGCCGUGGGACUGGGUGCCGGACGCGGCGCCGCUGGCGCGCAGCGGUGCCGUACAGCCGUACGGCCGCCAGGCGCUACUGGAGGUCAUCGCUGACAUCCACUACACCAAAGGCCUGCACGACCAGUACAUUGGCGCGUAUUUUGAAGCACGUCAUGGGCCCAGGGGUUCGAGCCCGCCCGCGGCGGAGUUGGCGUUGGGGCAGUUACUCGCAUCGCUAGAGGCCCAUUCCGCGCUGUACGACGUGAUGCUGUUUGCGCGGGUUGCGGGGCUUCAGGCAUGGACCUGCAAGGGAGUCUGCCGCAACGGCAGUAGCAGCAACGCCGCCUCGCGCCCCGCUACAGCGCAAUCGCUCAAGAUGUCGGCGGCUGGCGGAAGUUUCAGUCGCCCGCGAACGCCGCGCGACGCCAACAUGUCACCGUACGCCUCCGGCGGGCUCAGCCCUUCACGGCCCGGUACGGCAGCCUCUGUGGCUGCAGCCGCCCGUAAUAACCGUACAUUGUCGGCGCGCAACAGCAUGGGGACGCCGCCGAUGCUGUUGGGAUUGGUGCCCUCCAGCCGCCCGAGUACGGCAGCGUCGCCGCCGAUGGCGUACGGCGCCGCCAGCGGCACCGUCGCCGUCGACGUCUCCGACCUCGUCUUGCCGGUAAACGGCGGCGAGACGGUUAUGCGAGUGCGCACUGGUCUAUCGCCUACCAUCACAACCUCCGCCGCCACCGCCACUUCCGCCGCCGUCAGCUCAGCAAACGCGCAUCACGGAAGCGCACACGCGUUGCAUACCGGAAGCCGAAGAGCGGGCAGCACUGCAGGGCCCCUCCUGAGUGACGUAUCCGGCAUGGAUGCGCUGUCCCAGUUCAUCAACACUGGAAGGCUGCUGGGCAAGUUGAAGCAGACCGAUUUGGGACAGCCCUUACAGGAGGAGCUGCACCCCGAGUUGCACUUCACGGUGCGGCAAGUCUGUGACUCUCUGCGGAUAGAGGAGGCGCCGGAGCUGCUAAUACGGCCAACACUGCCGUACGGAGCUGAUCUUAUGCUGCUGCAGGUGCCGUACGUGGCCACCGGCUCUCUGGCGGUUCUGGCACAGGGGGACGUGGACAGGCAGCCGGUGCUGUACCCGCUCGCCGCCUCCAGCGCCGCCGCCGGCGGCUGGCGGAGGCGGGGUGUGCUGUUGCUGACGCCAGCCUUUGUGGCGGUGGCAGAGCCGGCCAUUCUGCGGGAGUCUGAGGCGCCGCUGAUCGGGGAUGAGCUGCGAGCCAUGUUGGGGGCUGCGUUAGCGCCCUUGGCUAUGCCAGGGGGUACCGGGUGGAGGCUCGAGGUGCAGGGAGCCCCGCCUAACACUCAGUCCGCCACUACAGCCGGCGGCGGUAGCGGCGGCGGGAGCAGCGGUGGAGCCAUCGGCAACAGCGGCGGUGUGGUGGCUCCCCGUACCUCUGGGUCUGGGGCACCGCCCGGUUUCCCCCCGCCGUCCAGCCCCACACUUCUCAGCGCGGCCGAGGCGAUCACGGUGGUCAAUGCGGCAGCUUUGAAAGGCCGCUCCGUGGCAUCAGUGCUGCCCAGCCAGCUUCAGUUCAAAUGGGACAGGAUGUUGGCACACUUGAGGACCGUAGCGGCGGCUGCCACCGUCAGUGCCGACCGCGGGGCGCUGCUGGCGACACAGAACAUGGCAGCGGCGGUGCGAGCGGUGUUUCGUGCGGCCGCGGGGCUGGGUCUUCAAGAUGGGGCCCAGCCGGGGAGUAGCGAGGACCUGCUGCUGCAGGCGCAAACCAUGCCCGUCUCAGAUGAAAAUAUGAUGUGUAUGGCAACCGUACCUAUCCAUGAAGCCGCGGCUGAAGGAGGGGACAGCCGUCGGGGAUAUGCACUGGCACGCGUGGCGAUGUUAGCGCGAUGGGCUGAAGCUCCGGAGUACAGUCAUGGCAAGAUACACGCCAUAAAUCGAGCCACCUGUCAAGAGGACCGCCUGGACCUUCACAAGCGCCCCUUGGCACGGCCCUGCCCGCUCGUGCGCAUUCCAUCACUGAGCACACUUCACCCGCCUACAAAGGGCCGCUUGAUAAUGUGGCCGCUCACAUCCAUGACAAAGAAGCCGCGGCAUCUGUUGGGGCUUGCGUCUUCCUCUCAUCCCGGGGAUAAGAGCACAUCUGGGUCACACAUGCAAUCACGGCGAGCCCUAGUGGGCCUGCCGUACCAACGUCCAAAUGCGGCAUCUAGCGGCCAAGCUGCAUUGGCCGCGGCAGGCUCCGGCUCGGGACCCCUUCUCUUCAACGCCAACAUCAACAACACCAAUAACAGCACCACAACCACAACCACAACCAUCAGCAACCCCGCCACCGCCGUCACCACCCUAUCCUCCCUGGACGAAGCCGCGGCUCGCUCCGCCUGGUCCGCCUCGCGCCGCGCCCAGCUGUGUGACGGUGGCCUGCCGGACCCCGACAUGUGCAGUCUGGGGGCCCUGGGGGGAAGCUCGGAGGAGGAGGACCUCCUCGCUGACAAGGACAAGCCCUCGGGCCUGGGAGGGGGCCAGUCCGGGGGGUCGGCGGCGUCGGCGCCCGUUAUUGAUGAGGCGUUAAGCAGAGGCCGGUGGCUGCUGGGACUGUUAAUCGUACAGUCGACGUCAUCAUUCGUACUGGAUGCGUACCAGGACUUGCUCCGGGACCACUUGGUGGUGACUCUGUUCCUGACCAUGCUGGUGGGCGCGGGGGGCAACGCGGGGAACCAGUCGGCGAUCAAGGUCAUUCGCGGACUGGCCACUGGAGCCAUCCGGCCCAGCUGGCCCAGCGCCCGUGCCACCCUGCGAGACCAGGCGCUGGUGGGGCUGCUGCUGGGCACCGGGCUGUCCGCGGGGGGCUUCGUGCGCGUGUACGCCACACACGGCGACGUGGCCAACGCCGCCGCCAUCUCCGUCUCCCUGUUCCUCAUCGUGAUGACGUCGGUGGUACUGGGCACGGGGCUCCCCUUCGCACUGGCGAGAGCGGGGGUGGACCCGGCGAAUGCGGGUACCAGCAUCCAGGUGUUGAUGGACAUUCUCGGUGUGGCCAUCACGUGCGUCACGUGCCACUUCGUGUUGGUGCAGCUGGCCCUGGGGGUGGGGGUGGGGGUGGGGGCCGCUGCGGGGCCCAUAGCUGGGGCGGCGGCAGCGGCUGCUGCGCUGCCAAUGUCGUCUGGCACGCCGUUGGUUUCACCCAGUGCCACUCCGAUGCACCUCCUUGCAGCCGCCUGGCCCUGGCUGCCAACGAGUUCAACGACCCACCCGCAGCUCGCGCUCAAAGGCCAUGACGUCCUUCUUCUCUACCUUCCAGCCGCAGUGCCAAUCAGCAAGGAUCCCUCCGUGGUGCUGUUCGUGAUCGUCCGCGCCGCCGUACUUCGCCGGGUCCGCAGCCUGGAGCUGGCGAUAUGGUCCCUGCCGGUACUGGUACUGGUCACCGUCUUCAUCAAUCUCUUCUUCGUCUUGUACAAGGGUUCCGAGGCCCGGCUAGCCUGGACCUCCCAGAAGUGCGCCUGGGUGAGCUCGGUGGCGGCCGGGGGCUGCGCGCUGGUGACGGGGCUGCUGGGAGUGCCGUACAUGAAGAGACACGUGGAAGCGGCGGCGCAGGCCAGAACAAAGCAGGAGCAGUUGGACUCGAUCAUUCCCUUCCUGCCUCCGGAGGAGCGUGUGUCCACGGCGUUUGAGCUCAUCUACACGGGGGUUACAGACGUGGACGCAGCAGGAGCCUGUUCCCAAAAGAAAACGGUCUACUACUGA